ACCAUGUAAUGAAUAUAUAGACUGUAGUGAUAGUAUGUCAGACACCACAAACUAAUCGCUGAUUUCUGUAGCUCCUCAAAAAUUGUCUGCCACCAUGCCACUUUCAAAUGCUGAUGAACGAAAGAGUACGAUCAUAGUUCCAAGAAUACCAAAAAUGUCCGCAAAAAAUCAUGAAAAAAGCUCAUCAGAGAUCACCACCGAGUCACCGUCCCUCACCUCUUUAAAACGUAUCCGAUUGAAAGCAUGCGGCCCUAUUGAUACUGAAAGUUCUAUUGAGAAAAUUGAUAGCUCACAACGAAACUUCCUUCUUAAGUAUGCCCGGGGCUUUCAUUUCAAUGUAAAUCAAACCAGGCGUGUGUUCGAAAAUAAAUCAAAGAGAGAUAUUUUUUUUGAGCUUUUGAACUCUUUACCGGAAGACGACCUCUCGAUCAAACUUGAUGUUCAAAACCCGUGCGGUGUGUCUGCUGAAAGCAUGGAAAAGGCAUUAGACCGUGCUUUCAUGGUGAAAAAGGAUAAAUAUGUAAAAGCCAUUAGACUGCUUGUAAAUGAAGCCAAAAUACAAAAUAAGGAAAUGAGAGGAGAAAAAACCCAGUGUGGGGGACAUGAAGUUGAACCCAAUCAAAUGAGAGAGUUGGUGAGCAGUGCAGUUGCCUGUAUUUUCAUCGCCAACGCAAAGUUCGUUAAUAACAAGGUGUAUCUCAUAUAUGCCAAGUCGCUCAGAGCCAUGACUUUCAUCGCUUCGAGGAUUGCCCCAGAUUUUCACAAAAGCGACAUCCUCACUGAACAGGAAGUAAUCAAUAAGAUCCAUCACCUUGUGUUCAGGUUCAGAAUAUUUGAGGAGGGAGACCCAGACAACUUUUUCAUUUUGAAGAAACUUCCUGUUCUCUCAGGCAGGUUAGCAUGGACCACCGUGUCGUUCUUGCCCAUGGAAAAUCCUGAAGAUUACUUUUCACAAUCGUUUCUUUAUCCAGAAGAUGUGGUUACGAGUUGGAUUACGGGUGAAACAAACUCUAGAGGUAAAGUUUUUGCAGAUGUCAUUAUUGAUUUGGGCAGAGAAAAGACGCCCCCCAGGCGCUUGACUAUGGAUCGCACCACGUGUCAUCUCCAACACGUUUUAUCCACCAACAAAUUUGACGGUCUUAUUGCAGAAGACAAGAAAAGAUUGUCAAAAAUGUUGGAAGACAACAAUGGCAUCGAGAACUCAACUACUAAGAGCCUCACGAAUGCUAUUAGUAGAGCAGAAGUUAAGGCAGCCAUCUUCAAGGCAAGAGUCUGUGAGGUUAUCGCCGCAACUCAACAACAAAAAACAUACGAUGCACGCGAAGAUCACGCUCGAAUGACCUGCGUCGUCCAGUUCAAAAUCAAAUCUCCACGAGUGCUCUGUGCUGGAAACUAGAACAUUUUGGUGAAUUUUAACUCGAGUUGUUUUGUCCGUGAUUUGAUGUGUUAAAAUCAAUGAAUCACGUACCAUAGACAACUCUAAAGGUCCAAUGGUACGGUUUUAAUUCUGAGUUUAGGAUGAGCAACAGUCUUUGAUUUGGCAUGGACAAGCUUUUUACUGUUUAUACUCUGGGGAAUAUGUAUCCUAUCAUCAGAUGAAUCCCCAAAGUUACCG